UUCGAGCCAAAAGCUGAUUAUGCUUUUAUGCUUUUUUAGGAGCAAGAUCAUUUCCUUUUCCUACUGAAUCUUGUAAGCUGAUGUUAUAUUAGUUUUACGGUACACGGAAUUUACUUCAUUUAAUUUCUCAAUUGUUUUAGUUAACCAGAUUAUGACUUGAGUUGUUAGUUCUUUUUGGACUGCUUGACUACUCUAUGGAUUACGGAACAUCAACGGCUUAAGGACCCCUUUUGAUUAUGGCUGCUGAUUCGACUGGUACGAUAGGUGAAACCCCCGGACCUUCAACUUCAAUGGAAAACACUCCACCAACUUACGAUGAAGUCUUUCCUGCUCUCCCUGAGAGCUUUCCUUUAUCUUCCUCCGACAACAUUGAGAUGAAUGGUGACUCGAUUGCCUCCGUUCAUCCUUUGAAACCCAAGCCAAUUCCCACUGUGACUAAAUUAAAACCAAGCCAAGUUACUCAGAUUUAUGUUGUCUCUCCUGAUGAGCGGCGUUUCAAAGAUAACAAUGUUUUCAGAGAAAGAGACCAACAUAAAAUUUGUAUCGAAAUUAUGCAAGAAACUAGUACACGAAUUGAAAUGAGUAAUUCUAAGGAUGGCAAAUUGACUUUUCUAAUCUCUGGACGAGAGGAUGCUGUUGCCCUGGCUAAGAAAAAAAUUGCUGAAGCAUUGCAGUCUAGAGGGGAGAAGUCAGUUCACAUUCCUAAAGAGCAUCAUAAAUUCGUUUUGGGUAAAAAUGGAUUGAAGCUCAAGGAUUUAGAAGAAAGGACUAACACCAGGAUCACUGUUCCUCGCCAAGACGAUUCAUCCGAAGCAAUCAAAAUUAUAGGAACUAAGGAUGGUAUUGAUCGGGCGAUGCAUGAAAUACUUUCUGUUUCCCACGAGGCUGCUAGUAAAGCCAGCGAAAAGAUUCAAAUCCCGAAAUAUUUGCAUCCUUUCAUCCGAGGAGCUUUUGAUGAGACGAUUAACCUAAUCAUCUCGGAAACUGGUGCUCGAAUAGCUAUCCCACCUCAAGAAGUAAAUGAUGAUACUAUCAAUAUCAUGGGUGAUCUCCCUUCUAUUGCUGCUGCUAAGGCCAAGAUUUUGAAAGUUUAUGAUGAAAAGAAGGCUAAGUGUACAUCAGUACCUAUGCAGGUUAAAAAGGCCCAGCACAAGUACAUUAUUGGACGUGGAGGACAGACGCAAAGAGAAAUAUUCAAACAAACCGGUGUUUACGUGGACAUACCACGUCAAGAUGAUGAUACUGAUACAGUCACUCUUUGGGGAGAACCUGAAAAGAUUGGACCUGCAUUGAGUGUUCUUUGGGAAAAAGCUCAUAGUGAGGUGGAGGAUGUUAUUGAAACCGAGCCUUGGGUUCAUCGUUAUAUUUUGGGUACUAAAGGGACAAACUUCCAAGAAAUGAAUGCAAACUUCCCCAAUGUUAGGGUCACCUUUGAAAACAAUGGUGUUGUCAGGAUGAGAGGUCCUCGAAACGACUUGCCUACUGCAAAGAAAAUUUUGGAGGAAGCCAUUGCGGCUAUCAGAAGUCGUAUAUCUGUGAUUAAACUCCAAAUUGAUCCUAAAUAUCAUCGAUUCAUUAUUGGUCAAAAAGGUAAACAAAUCACUCAAAUUCGGGAAGAAAGUAAAGCCCAAGUGCAUAUUCCCGAUGAAUCGGAUCAUAGUGCCUCAAGCGAUGUCAUUCGGAUUGAAGGGUCUGCUGAGGCAGUUAAAAAAGCCCAGGAAAUGUUGACAGCAAUAAUCGACAAACAAAAAGAAAGAGAAAAUGAAGUAACUAAGGAAAUUUCAAUUGAACAACGUCUUCACCGACAUUUUAUUGGCUCUAAAGGUGAAGAAAUUAGAAGGAUCAGGGAUAUGUUCAACCAAGUUGCCAUUAACUUUCCUGAUCCUACCUCCAAAAGUGACAAAGUUAUCAUUCGAGGCUCUAAGAAUGAUGUCGAAAAGUGCUACAAGUUUUUAGCUCAAGAAACACAAAAUUUAUUAGCUAACAAUUAUCGAUUAGAAGUGCCUAUUUCCAACCAAUUUUUCAAAUUGUUUACUCUAAAGGAAAAAGUCAAGAUACAGCAGAUGAGCAAAGAUACCAAUACUCGAAUAGAUCUGCCGAAUAAUCAGUCGGAUGCUAAACAAGAAAUCAAACAAUCUAACCUUCCUCCUAUCAUUAUUUCUGGCAAAAAAGAUGAUGUUGAAAAAGCCAAAGAAAUUAUUUUGAAACUCCAAAAAGAAUUAGGAAAUCACGUUCAGAUUGAUAUCAUUAUACCAGCUAAGUUCCACAAUUCGCUCAUCGGCAAAAAGGGUAGCCUUAUCAGAUCAAUCAGUGAGGAUUGUGGUGGAGUCACCAUUAACUUUCCUCCAGAAAACUCUGGCAGUGAUAAAGUGUCGAUCAUUGGUCCUAAAGAAAUGGUGCACAAAGCAAAACAACAAUUGCUUGAAUUAAAGAACGAGAAGGUCGAGAACAGUUUCGAGGUUGAGAUCAAAGCUAAACCAGAAUUACACAGGUUCUUAAUUGGUAAAAAGGGUACCAACAUUAAUAAACUUAGAACCAAAACCGGUGUUAGAAUUAUGAUCCCAGCUGAUGGAGAUGAAGAUCAGGAUGGAACAAUUACAAUCGUUGGUAAAAAAGACGCUGUUUUGAAAGCAAAGACUGAAUUGGAAGAAAUGAUUCAUGAUUUAGAACAAAUUGUCGAGGAUUCCGUGAAAAUUCCUGUUCAAUUUCAUUCUCAUUUCAAACGGUUGUCUGCUCAGCGACAGAUCAAAGAAGGCUUGGGAGAUUUACAGAUCAGCUUCCCUAGGAGCAAUAAUUCUGAUCAGGUAAGCCUCAGAGGUUCAAAAGACUGUGUUGAAAUGGCAAAGAGUCGUAUAAUCGAAAUGGUCGGUGAUUUGGAAGCUCAAGUAACUAUGGAAGUAGUUAUUCCCCAAGUCUACCAUCGAAUUAUUAUGGGUAAACAAGGAAGAAAUGUUCAAAGUAUUCAAAGUGAGCAUAAAGUUGAAAUUCAGUUCCCUAAACGUGAAACCGGUGAUGCUAAGGAAAAUGCUGUUGUCAAUGGAAAUGCUGAGGGUGAAACGGCAAUUCAUGAGGAAUCAUUUGAUCAUCAGAAUGAUGUAUCUCAAGGAAAGCCUAAAGAAUCCGACAUAAUCAUUUUGAAAGGUCGCAAGGAGAACUGUGAAUCAGCUAAACUUGCUCUUCUCGAAUCUAUUCCAGUUACUAAAGAAGUCGAAGUGCCUUUUAGUUUACAUAAGUUUAUUAUUGGUCAAAAAGGGGCUAAUAUCAGGGAGUUGAAAGAAAAAUUUGAUGUUGACAUUUCUGUUCCUCCUUCAGAAAUGCAAAAAGAUUCUAUUCAGGUCAAGGGAACUCGGUCUAACGUUGAGGGGGCCAUUGAAGCAAUAAACGAGAAAGUACAAAAGUUGAAGGAAGAACAACAAGAACGGGAUGCUAAGAACUUUAAAUUAGAGAUUCAAGUUGACUCCUCUUAUCAUCCAAAAAUUAUUGGUAAAGGUGGUAAAGUUGUCUCUAAAAUUCGCAAACAAUUUGGAGUUCAAAUCCAGUUCCCGGAAAAGAAAGAUGAUGCCUCCGAUAUUAUCUCAAUCAUUGGUUACGAAAAGAAUGCUGAAACUGCUAGAGACGCAAUCCUCGAUAUCGUGAAAAAAUUAGAGAAUACUGUUUCUGAAGAAAUCGAAAUCGAUGCUAAGGUACAUCGACGAUUAAUAGGUGCCCGAGGUAGAAACAUAAAUAGCAUUAUGAAUACGUUUAAAGUGGAAGUCAAAUUCCCUAAAGAAAACAGUAGCAAUCCCAAUCUGGUCACUAUUUCGGGCGAACCUGAAAAUAUUGAAAGAGCAAAGGAUCAUUUACUCGAACUUCAAGAUGAAUAUCUUGAUGAUGUUGUUGAACAAUACAGACCUCCUUCGAAGAAAAUCGUUGAAGAGGAUUACAUUCCAAGAGGUGAGAGUCGAGGUUUUUACGUUAAAGGUGGACCUUGGGAACAGCAGCAGCAACAGCAGCAACAAAGCAUGCCAGAUACAACCAAUGCUGAAGAGUUUCCAUCAAUGCUGGGCAGUGGUGGUGGGUCAGAUGCAUCUGAAUCACCUAAAUCUCGUGGAUGGGGAUCGAUAUUCAAUUGUUAAAUCAAAUAAACAAAUUAUUGAAAUAAGAAAAUAAAUACCAUUUAUAGCCAAUAAUAAUAAUAAUAAUAAUUUAAUCGAAA